AGGGCACACAUCAAACUGUAUGGGAACAUGUCGCAGUACACUCUGGGAGUUCACCUGCAGAUCCUGCUGGCUGUGGGUCUGGCUGUGUUCUGCUACUGUCUGGUUCUCGGUUGCGUCCUUUGCUGUCGCAGAAGGAAGAGUGUUUCCUCGGAGGACAAGGAGACAGUUUUCUUGUCUCCUCAUCCUGCUGAGAGCGUGACUGUGACGCUGACUCCAUCUCUGUGUACCCAGCCUGUCAAGCAGCAGUAUGAGGAGCUGGAUGGUGACGUUUUGGAAUUUCCUUUCUCUAAAAGCAGCUCUUCUCCCUCUGAGGAUGACCUCACUGCUCUGCCCUUUGACCACAGCCCUACCAGAUCGGCUGAACUGGUGCAAUCCAGGUCUUCUGUACCGAUGCGGCGCCUCAGCACCCCAGCAGUUCCCUGCCCGCCCCGUAAAUCUCCACGUCAGGGCAGAGCCUCUCUGCCUUCCCUCACUAAACUGAGCCUGGUGUCCAAGUCCCGUAGGGCGAUGGGUCGGCGUAGCACUGUGAGCGGCGAGAGUUUUCUUUACAGCGAGAGCAGCCGACUGACUGCUGGUGCUGCCAGAUCUCCCAGCCAGCAGGGGGAGCCCAGUCUCUCACAGUAUGGCUCCAGCUCCGUCUCCUCCAAGCCAGCUCCUCUCCUGCACUUCUCCUUGCUUUUCUCCUCUGCCUGUGGCACCCUGAUGGUCAACAUCAUGGGGCUCUCGGGGGUCAGUCGAAGGCGCACCGGGGUGUUUGUCCGGGCCAGCCUUCCCCCCCUCUGCCCCUCCCCUCAGCAGGUAGCCUCUCGGCGACGCAGCCUCAGCCCAGACCUCCAAAACCAGAGCUUUGUGCUGCAGGUGGGCUCUGUGGAGGAGCUGCGCAGCUGCACCUUGAGACUUGCUGUCUACAGCAGGGACUUCUCAGGCCUGAGAGAGGCUGCGCUGGGGGUGGUGGAGCUGCCCUGUGAGCAGAUGGAUUGGGAGCCUGAUACCACCACCACCUACACCAGGCAGCUCAGCCCAACUAAAAGCAAACUGAAAAAGAGUGUGAGUUCUCAGGAAACAUUGGGUCGCAGGAAGAGCUCGGUGUGUGUGCAGAAGGCUUUGGGCCAGCUGUUCAUCCUGCUGCAGUACCAGACACUGGCCCAGCGCAUCAAGGUGAUGAUUCGAAAGGCAGAGAAUCUGGCCAAGCUCACACGGAUCCCAGGAGCUCCAGACCACUAUGUUGUCAUCAACUUGCUUCAGGAUGGGAAAGUAAUUGGUACAAAGGAGACGAAAGGAGCCAGCGGUCCGAACCCCGUCUGGAACGCUCCCUUCCUGUUUGAUCUGCCCGUCGGUGACAUCACUCAGCUACCGCUGGCCUUCGAGUUUAUCGUCAUGCAGGGCCGUCUCUACACUAAGAGCAGCAUUCUGGGCCGUGUGCUGAUUGGCAGCGAUGCCUCAGAGGCGGGACAGGGACACUGGAAGGAAAUGUGCAGUCGAGGACAAAUCGAGACGGCUCGCUGGCACACCAUCCAAUCAGAUGUGCUGUAGGACAGGUUGACAGACCGUGGGGCUGCUGUCCUCUGACGCCCAGUGAGCGAGACACAGAGGUGGAGUUUGGUGGGAAGAAGUACGAUCGGUGUGCACCGGCUUCAAAGUAUUAUUUUUAGUCUUUUUAUUUCGUGGUAUUUUGGUAGCUUUGGCAAAUUUGAUAGGUUUCCAAGUCAUUUAUCAAUAGAUAUAGUUAAAUAACUUGUCAUACUGUUUUAGUCAAAGUCAAAGUGAAAGACAAAUUUAUUUAUAUAGCGCAUUUACAGACGGUUGAGCCGCACCAAAGUGCUUCACAUAAAAGUGCAAAAAGUGCAAUAAAAUACAGAAUUGACAAAGGUAACAAAAAAACAAAAACAAAACAAAAUUAAAUGUAAAAUAAAUUAAAAGAAGAUGGGAUAUUUUUAAAAGCACUGUGGGGUUACUAGGGGACACUAUUCCCUAGCACUUGCUAGGGAGAGACAAUUAUUCAGUAUCUGCAGAUCUACAGAGGGAGCAGCACUGAUCACUGUAUGGUGGAGGAGUGUGUGCCAGCUUUCUCCAUAUCACCAGUUUUCUGCAGCCCAGCAUUGCCUUUGUGAUUAUUUCCACUGUGACUUCUUCAAACUGUAGUCUGUAUAACUGUACGCUCAUGUUGUGCUACUGUUUGUAUUCAGCCAAGAGGCGACAGAUGUUCUGUCGAAGGUUACGGAGCAUAUAUGUGGUUUGCUGUGGUGUAUUACUGUGCCAGUAUUUGUCCACAUACAGUACUGUAUGGAUAUGUACGAGGCCAUUACAGCAGCCUCAUUUUGUGUGGCAUGCCUGCUGAUUUAUUGUUUAGGUUUGUUCAAUUCCAGAGAAGAUUUGUAAGCUUUUUGUUCUCUUUUAAUCCACCGGAAGCUACAAUAAACACUCACACAUUCAUCACAGCUUAGAUGGAUUUCUAUAAUAGUUACAACUUUAUUCAACAAUAAUGCCAAACAGAUGAAUGCAGCUAAGAACCACUUUGCAUUUUGUCUGCAGUGCUACUGUGAGACAUGAGGUCUUUGUUGGCUAAAUGACUGCGACCAAGCAGCAGCGUUAUCAUAUUGACAUACACUGCUCAUACACUGCGGCUCCUGUACUAUUGGAUUUUGUUAUUGAACACAAUCUGCAGCAGUGUCUCAGUCAAGAAUAACUAUAAACUUGAUUUGAUUAUGACUUCAGCAUUGACUGACAGUUUUCUCUGCGGUCAAUGAAACAGAUAUAAAUGCAGAGUUGCACAGUAAAGAGUUACAUUAAAUUAAUUAAAUUUCUCCCUGGAAUAGGAAUAUUACUAUCUGUCCUCUUUUUAACUAAUGUCCAGAAUAAAGAAAUAUGUCGGUAACACUUUACAAUAACCAUCUAAGUGAUGUUUAUAGAUGGUUUAUAAACCAAUUAUUAUUAACCAUUUACAAAAUUCUAUACAUAUUUCAUCUUUAAAUAGUUUCAAGCAAUUUCUUAAAGGUAUAAGAAUA